CUAUUGGUUCAUUCCGUGAAUUCCGCCAUCUAACUCGGCAUUCCGUUUCCGUCAAAGUCAGCUGAUCAAUCGUAUUCCUGUCUACUUUGCGUGCCAGAUAACAUGUCGGGAAAGGAUAAACUUGCUAUUUUCCCCUCUCGGGGAGCCCAAAUGUUGAUGAAGUCUCGGUUAGCCGGUGCACAAAAGGGUCAUGGUCUUCUUAAAAAGAAGGCAGAUGCUCUGCAAAUGCGUUUCAGAAUGAUUUUGGGAAAAAUCAUUGAGACAAAGACACUAAUGGGGGAGGUGAUGAAAGAAGCAGCUUUUUCUCUGGCAGAAGCAAAGUUUGCAACUGGUGAUUUCAACCAAGUGGUUCUGCAAAAUGUCACAAAAGCACAAAUUAAGAUUCGCUCAAAGAAAGACAAUGUGGCAGGUGUCAAUCUUCCAGUUUUCGAGUCAUACCAAGAUGGAACAGAUACUUAUGAAUUGGCUGGUUUGGCCAGAGGAGGUCAACAGCUGGCCAAAUUGAAGAAGAACUACCAGAAGGCAGUGACACUGCUAGUAGAGCUGGCCUCUCUGCAAACUAGUUUUGUAACUCUUGAUGAAGUAAUCAAGAUCACGAAUCGUCGUGUCAAUGCUAUUGAGCACGUUAUCAUUCCCAGGAUUGAGAGGACUCUGGCUUAUAUUAUAUCAGAGUUGGAUGAGCUUGAGAGAGAAGAGUUUUACCGCUUGAAGAAGAUUCAAGAUAAGAAGAAGAUAGCUAAAGCUAAGGUUGAAGCUAUUCGGAGAGAAAUGAUUGCUGCUGGAAAAGAUGAUGAUAGAGGAGGUGUUGCUAAUAUGCUAGACGAGGGCGAUGAUGAUAUAUUGUUCUAAGGUUCAAAUAAUAGUUGAAUUAGAAUCAGGAUGCAUCGCUAUCUAAAUGAAUUAUAUAAAAAUUUAAAUCAAUUGUUAAAAUACAAUGAGUCUCUGCUCGAGAUCAUGCACAGCUCCUAGUUGUGUCAGCUCCCGGUCUCAAUCACAGACUCGUUUGGAAUACCGUCUUUUAAAAACUUGCUUCAAAAAAUCUUUUAUUUCGUUUUUUAGAUGUAUGCAAAUAAUAGGAUUAUGUUGAAAGAUUGUUAAAAAUAUUUUAAACAAAUGCAAUGCAAGCACUCUGGGGAGUUUGUGUGCAUUAUUAUAGAAAAAUGUUGAAUACAUUUCUGUUUUCUUUUUCGCGCAAUAAGAAUGUUCUACUGUAUACAAAAUUGUAAGAUAAGUAUUAUAAGGACGUCUGACGUUAUAAGUCUAUGAAAUAUAUAAUUGUUUGAUGAAUUAAUGUACAAGAUUUAUCAAUAAUAGAAAGCUUACGUUUGGCAUGCAUAUCGCGCCUACAUCUGAGAAGAAACCGCAAACACAAACUUUCGGAGAUCCAAAUUACAAUUAGUUGAAAAUUCUUUUUCUCAGGAAUCGCCUCAUUCAACAUAAAAACUUACGAAAAAUGUAAUCUAUAUUUAAAGUUCAGUAUUGUAAAUUCAGUAUAAAAGUGUUUAUUACUGUAAAUCCGUUUAAUAAAAAUAAAAAAAAAAUUGGUUACA